AGUGUUACGUCACCAGUUUUCUCCAGCCAACUCCGUCAUAAAAUGUUUCGUUUGCGUUUUGUUUUCAUUUUGCGAUGACUCAACAUUGACUACAGUUAAACGCUUAACAUAAAUAUUGAAUAAUUUUAGUAGUACCAAAAAUAAAAUAAAGAAUCUAUAUUGUAUCGAAGCAUAUAUCACGAUGGCAAUGUGGACUGCCAAGAUUGAAGGUGGACCUAAGCGAGUUAAUCAUGCAGCAGCUGCAGUUGAUCAUCAAGUAUUUUCUUUCGGCGGAUAUUGUUCUGGAUUCGACUUCGAAACACCUGUUCCAAUGGACGUACACGUAUUUAACACAUUGACAUACAAAUGGAAAAAACUACCUGCUCCAACUGAUCCAGAGGAUAAAAAAUCUACCCCAUAUAGACGAUAUGGGCAUACAGCAAUUGCGAAAGAUUUCUAUAUUUACAUAUGGGGUGGACGAGACGACAGCCACGGUGCAUGUAAUAAAUUAUUCAGAUACAAUACAAGGAAUCAUAAGUGGAAAUUACCCGAAGUAUCAGGAAAGGUUCCCGGACCAAGAGACGGUCAUUCUGCUUGUCUAAUUAAAGACAGUAUGUACAUAUUUGCUGGAUUUGAAGAAGAGACCGAAAGAUUUUCCUCAUCUAUAUUUGCUGUUGACUUGAACACAUAUCAAUGGAGUGAAGCUACUUAUUCAGGAACACCUGCAAGCUAUAGAGACUUUCAUACAUCAGUUACUCUUGAUGACCGAUAUAUGGUUGUAUUUGGAGGGAGAUGUGAUGCUUCAGGGCCAUCUGAAUUAUAUCGUGAAUACUACUGCAACAAACUGCAUUUCUUCGAUACCGAUCGUAAGGUAUGGUUUCAAUUGGAUCCUUCCGGUGCCAAGGUAAAGGGGAGACGAAGCCAUUCGGCCUUUGUUUACAACAACAAGAUUUACAUUUUCGGUGGAUACAAUUCUUUAACGAGAGAGCAUAUGAAGGAUCUGCUAUGUUUCGAUUCUGAAUUCGGAACUUGGCUAAACGUUGGAAAGGAUAUUAUUGGCCUAGAAGGACCGUGUGCGAGAAGACGACAAGUUUCGUGUUUAGUCGGAUCGAGGGUUUUUAUAUUUGGAGGAACGAGUCCAAGUGGAAGAUAUGAUGAAAACGAUCAGCCUAACCUGCUUGAUCAUCAUGAUCUACAUAUUCUAGAUUUCCAACCUUCUUUACGCAUAUUCUGUAUGCACGUUGUGUUGAAAUAUAAGCUGGACACCAGUCGUUUACCUCGAGUAUUAAGAGAAGAAAUUGAAAUUUUAAAACCUAAAGAGAGCCAUAAAAAUACUAUAGAGAGUGAAACUCAAGGAUAG